ACUACAUUUGUUCAUAUUUUUACAGUUAUUUGUGCUAACGAUCUGGAAUCUGGAGCUUUACAUGAUACCACUAGUUUUUCUACUCAUGUUCGUUUACAACUUCACAAUGAUUACAAUGGGGAAGGUCAACGCUCAGGACAACCUGGUGAGUUAAGUACGAUAUUGAUUUUACUCUAUACGUUAUGGCUGCAAUACGAAGAUACAUAUGUUUUGCCUUGAGGAGACACAGACUCAAUUGUAUUUAUCCCAGGGCGGUAGGCUAAUUAUCUUAUAAAACAUGUCCCUAGACACGAAGCCUCUUUACAGGGGCAAUAUUCUUCUUCACCUAUAAUCUCUCUGGAGCAGCCAUUUAGUUUCUUCCCACCAAUAACUGCUUCUUAUAUAGAACAGUAAAAAAAAUGAUUUGGGGUUUCUUUAAAUCCUUUUCCCUCCGCUCAACUUUUAUUUAUUUUUUUCUUCAGGCAUUGCAAUCUAUUUUAAUAAAACAUAACAUGUAUGCAGAUUUGCAAAAUUGUGUGUGUACAUGUAAUGAGUCUAUUUUCUUCCCCUUGGCUUUUGGGGUUUGAGAUAAAACAAGAAAUGUACUCUAUGUAUAUAUUUCACUGCUUAAUGCAUUAACAGAGUGUUUUAGUAGUUUACAUAAUGCCACUCUUAGGCUUGCUUUUUGAAAAAUAAAAAUUGCCAAUUGUUUGGAACUCAUGUUUUUACUGAUCAUUCAUGUUUACUUUACCAGGAUGGGAUAGAUAUCGGAGAGGAUGACGACGAUGAUGAAAAAGUAAGUUUUUUUUGUAUUAUAGUUUAUAUCCAUCUGCAACUCGAAACCGAACUAUAAAUCACUCAAUAUGUCUGCAAGCAAUGUAUUUUUUUAAAUAUUUUUCAGUCAUGGCUACCUCUGGCUUAGCAUCAUGGGAAAAGUCUUUCACAAACGUUGGGUGCUAUGGCUAGUCACCAUUGCUCUGUUUAGUUUGCUGUACAGUAAAGCAGGGUUAUUGACUAAAGUUAGAACAAAAUGAAUGUCAAAUCUAAAGUCAAAAUAGCCAAACUGUAAACAUUCGUUCCGCUACUCUGUCCUUGUGAAAUUUUUUUGUUUUUUUUUAUUCUAGUAAACGCAUAAAAAUUACAUUCUAUAAAAAGAUACAUCUGGGACCUGAUUCAAAAUAAAUAAAUAAUAAAAAAUGGUUGUUAUUAUUAUUAUUGCCAUUUAUAUAGCGCCAACAGAUUCCGUAGCGCUUUACAAUAUUUUGAGAGGGGGAUUUAACUAUAAAUAGGACAAUUACAAAAAUAACUUACAGGAACAAUAGGUUGAAGAGGACCCUGCUCAAUUGAGCUUACAUUCUAUAAGUUUAUUCAUUACAUUCCUGAAACCUGUUUCACAUGUUGAUUUGUGUGUGUAUGUAUGUAUGUGUGUGUGUAUAUAUAUUUAUAUAUUUUAGUAAUAGCAUGUUUUAAAUGAUUCAUCCUAUUUGAAUGGAUCCUGGCUUGCUCUACACUGCAUGCAGCAACGUAAUGUGGUCUUUAUGGUCAUAAAGUACCCAUUGUGUUUGUGGUCUGAUUCUUCAAAUUAAUUGGGUAAUAUCUUGACAUGUUUGCCACUUAUAUUAGUUUAAGGCAAAUAAGGAACUUUGACAAUACAAUUUUAUGUACACCUGUAUGUACUGGUGUUAGUUUAAACACCUCAUAUUGCUUAAAUUAUAAUCUGAUAUGUUUAGACGCACAGUUCUAACAUAGAACAAUAGACUAAAAUGUCUUAUCGCAAGAGCAAUAUAAUGGAAUAAUAGAACUACAACAAAUAUAGUUGGGAUUUGCAGAAGAGACACAUUUAGCAUCUCAAAAUCAAAAGAAUUGGUAUAAAAAAACCUAUACAUGUUGAUUAGGGAUGCUCCACGAAGGAAAAUGACUUGUGGAAGGGGAAAAAGUAAAAUGUUCCGUCCAUACAACAUGUAUUGACAGGAAUAUUGUGUAUCAUACACCAAUAGUCGUGGUCUACGUAGAAACCAUUAACUCUAUUUAAAGCUGUGUGGGACAAUUUGAUUGAGGAAUUGGACAAGAAACAGACAUAAGCCAUGUUUUUGCAAAUGCUGCGCAAUACAUAGUUUUUUUUUGUUUUUUUUUAACAACAAAAUUCCACUGUGGUGUAUCUAAGCAAAUUACUGUAGUUUUUCUUGCAAUAGAUGAUACCAAAUACUGACUCAAAAAAUUUUAGUUUUUAAGAAAAUUGUAUCAAUUUUUCUUAGUGUAUAAUUCAAUGGGAUAUUGAUAGGUUAAUUCAUUUUCUAUCUAGAGGAGUUUAGCAAAUGGCAAACCACAGCUUUAGCAUUAAGAACCUUUCGCUAGCUAUUUGGCUGCGGUUUCAGUUGUUUCACUUUAAGAAUACACAUUGGAAUAUCUAAAAUCACUUACGCUUUCCCAAAGGUAUCUUGCUUUUUUGCUUCUAGAGAUGGCUACAAUAGUAUGUGCUCAGACACCAAACGGCAUGUCAUGUACAACAAUAUUGAUGGAUUUAUAAAAAUAGUCUAAAUGAGUGAACUGUGCAGUGAAGCCAAGAGACAUGAAGAAGCAAAAAGCAUAUUUGUUGGUUAAGGGGGAGGAGGGAGAAGAAUCCUGUAAACUUUUUAUGUAGUUGGAACUUUCACAAAAAUGAAGCAUUGUGAUGUCUCUAGUGUGAGUAACCUCUGGUUCCCAGACAAAGACUUGAAGUAGCCAACAAUAUAUGACAUUUUAUAAAUACCACACUGCCAUAAGUGGUAGCUGUCUGAGAAAAACAAAUUCUAGUUAAACUUCUGAAUUAUCCUAAUAUUUUCAAGGAUACCAAAUUAACACUUUUGUAGACAUACCUUGGAAUUGCAUAGAAGGACCCUAAAAUACAGUCUAAAUGUACUGGACGCCUCUAUUAUAAACAUGAAUGUAUGCUUAUGUAGAAUAUUUUAUAUAUUAGAGCGAUGUUUUUUUUUUAAAUUUUUUUUAUUGCUACUAGAAAACUUUUAUCAAUAAACGGCAAUCUCUGCGUUUGGAUUCCAAUAUUGUUGAAUGGGUUAGGCAGUCGCUGAGUGACCGGCAACAGUGGGUUGUAGUUAAUGGAGUAUAUUCAAAGCAAGGUCUUGUUACCAGUAGGGUACCUCAGGGACCUGUACUGGGCUCACUCUCUUUAAUAUUUUUAUUAGUGAUAUUGCAGAAGGUCUUGGUGGUAAGGUAUGUCUCUUUUUCCUGAUGAUACGAAGAUUUGCAACCGGGUUGAUGUUUCAGGAGAGAUAAGCCAAAUGGUGAAUGAUUUAGGUAAACUAGAAAAAUGGUCAGAGCUGUGGCAACUGACAUUUAAUGUGGAUUAGUGCAAGAUAAUGCAUCUUGGGCAUAAAAACCCAAGGGCAGAAUAUAGAAUAGUUAAUACAGUCCUAACAUCAGAGGAAAGGGAUUUAGGGGUAAUUCUUUCAAAUUACUUAAAGGUAGGCAGACAAUGUAAUAGAGCAGCAGGAAAUGCUAGCAGAAUGCUUGGUUGUAUAGGGAGAAGUAUUAGCAGUAGAAAAAGGAAGUGCUCAUGACAUUGUACAGAACACUGGUGAGACCUCACUUGGAGUAUUGUACGCAGUACUGGAAACCGUAUCUCCAGAAGGAUAUUGAUGCCUUAGAGAAGGUUCAGAGAAAGGCUACUAAACUGGUUCAUGGAUUGCAGGGUAAAACUUACCUGGAAAGGUUAAAGGUAUCUUGUAUAUAAUGUAGGAAAGACAAGGCAGGGGGGAUAAGAUAGAAACCUUUAAAUGCAUAUAGGGAAUCAACAAAGUAAAGGAGCAGACUAUAUUUAAAAGAAGGAAAACUACCUCAAAAAUUGAAUCUAGUCUUAAACUAGCUUCACUAAUAGUGACGGAAUUUAAGAAUGUGAGGGAUAAGCAUAAGACUACACAAAACGGUAAGAAGAUUCUGUGACUGGGUCACACCAGUAUACAUGCACAGAAAUGCAUAUAACUGUAAGGAUGUCCACUGUCACAGAAUUAAUACACCAGUGAGACACUCCAAGGGUGUCCAAACAUUUUUAGAAGUAUGAUGGCUUGCUAAUCAUUUCUUUUGUCAGUUUCCAUUGCCUAUUUAGCUAGAUUCCAAGUGUGAGAGGCUUGUUCUAUCCUUUUCUUUAAUUUAUAUUUUAUACUACAUGGAUGGUACUAGGUGGACUCUGCAUACCAUGAUAAUCCACUUGGAUUCAGUAAUAGUGUUUGAAAUAUAUAUCAAUGUGCAUCUGAGGAAAUCAUUCUGGUUAUAUUGGUUCAGUCUAUAUUAUACUGAAAAGGAGAUAGACUUAUAAUGCCGGUACUCCAUGCUAUUUGAGAUAUUAUAAGGUCUCAUGCAUCAGGGGUUUUGAUCCUAUUUAGAUAGGAAUCUAACUAUGCACUACUUAGGAUUUACCUUUUUAUCAAACAAAUGUUUACAUUGGCCAGUUGUACAAUAAAACCAGUUGUGUGCAUGUUAUUUUCUGGUUGAAUAGUAGUGAAAGGUAUAGGGACAGCCUUAUAAGGCUUGGAUAACUAAUUGGCCAUCUUUGUUAAUUUUAUUACUUUUUUUUUAGUUUCUGUUACAAUUACCUUUAUUGUAGCCAUCUACCAUUUAUUUCUGAAGAAUACGGUUUUAUAUCCAGGGGGCCCGUUCUCACAAUUGUGAGACGAUUUUAGCCUUCCUAUUUUUUUUUUCUGUAAGCAUAAGACUAUCCUAGAUGUAAGGUCAGGGACUAAUGAAAGUAUUUAGAAAAUUGGGCAGACUAGAUGGGCCAAACAGUUCUUGUCUCCCGUCACAUUCUAAGUUCUCGAAGCCUGCAAGCCCAUAGUUCAUGGUGCACUCACCAAGGGUGCUCGACAAGACCGUUUUUUAACUCUCCAAUGGCUAGUAGGUGAGUGGGACAUACUGAGCCAUGUUUAUUGAACUUUGAAAGGGGAAUAUUUGUAUACUGUAAAAGAAAAAAAGAAAAACUAUAGCUAACAAAGAUUGAUUGCUUUUUAGCUAUAAAGUUAGGUCUGUUGUGAAAAGCAGACACCCACAGGAGAUGAAAUAUCUUGAACUAUCUAAUAUGUUACAGCUUAAAUAUAUUGGUUUAUUUUUUUCUUUAAAAGCAAAUAUGAAAUGAACACCUAUACUCAAGAUAGGAGGGGAUGGGCGACCAUCUAUCGUAAUCCAACUUUGGACUAGUCAAAGUACUUGCCCAUGAUGAUCCUGGAAUAGGUCAUUUUAGUAGCUGGAGAAUUGCAUCAUACCCAAAUGUGUAGUGAUGCAACCCAAAAUAUUUAACUCCCUAAUACACAAGUCUGUCCCGUCUUCACCCUUAUGCUCUGCAGAAGACCUACGUGUAUCCUUUACUUGCCUUCAAAACUUCUCUAGGGCUGCUCCCUUCAGGGGGAACUCCUUUCACUUCUCCAUUAGACUUUCACCUGGUCUUCAUUCCUUCAAGCAAUCAUUAAAUAUUCACUUCUUCAGGAAAGCAUAUCCGUUAAACUGUUACGUUUUCCGUUCCUGCACCCUGAUCCUGCAACUGUUGUGUUUAAAAAUAAAAAAAACACACACCAAGCACUCAGUGCAUACUAUGUUCUACUUUUCAUCCCUACCCUUACCUUUUGGGUCACUAUACCCCACUCCAUCUAGCAUGUAAGCUCAUUGAGUAGGGCCCUCAAUCCCUCUGUUCCUGUGUGUCCAACUCAUCUGGUGACAAAACAUGUCUGUUGGUUCACCCAUUGUACAGCGCUACAGAAUUUUAGUGCUUUAUAAAUAACUGGCACAUAUUUCAUAAACCAAUGUGUUUGUGGUGGUUUUCAUUGAAAAUUUGUUAAAAGGACAAAAGGCACCUGAACCCCUACCGCUUAAUGUAGUGGAUCUGGCAUCUAGAGCCUAUCCCUGCAGACUGAGCAGAUUAAACAUUGUCUCUUUUUGAAGAUAAAAAGGGAUUACUUUGCUACUUAAGGCCACAACUAGUGGCUAUCAUUUUUUUUUUCUCUCCUCUAAAGGAAACCACUAGUAACUUUUUGUAGAAUUCAAUGAAGGGGCAUGAAAUAGCAUGCAGGUAAAAUGUAAAUUAUUGGAUAUGAAAGCAUUGCUAUACAAAGUCUUAAGCAUCCAAUAGUCUUGAAGAUUAUUAUUUUUUUUUUUUUUUUAAUCUAGGUAAUUUUUUUUAAAUUUUUUUUAUUUUUUUUAAAUCCUUGUCACUUUCUACCUCAAGAUGUUACUUUUCAAUAUCUAUAAGCAGGUUCACUGAUAUGCCUAGUUUGUUCUAAAACAUGACUAUUUUGAUAGAAUAAACAAACUGUAUUUUGACUGUAUUUUAUUUUGUAGACCUGGAUGUCCUGUCCCCUUUACCCUGACUUGCUUUUGUGUGAAUUAUACCAGGUAUCUCAAAUGGAGUAUCCUGGUGUUGGUGACCAUCUGUCUGCCAGAAUGUUCUAAUUUUUCUGUUGAGGGUUCCCCACUGCAGUGAGAAUUGUUGGGAAUUCAAAGUGAUUUCCUGAUUAAAGUCCAACGUAGACAAACUGAAAAUAUAGCUAAAUUGAAUACUUCUUCCAGUAUGGCUAUUUUGGCUUUACAAAAUUAACUUUGAAUUCAUCAAAAUUCUCACUUAAGUGCAUAACCCUGUACUUGUUGGGUGAGUGCUUAGUGCUUACCAUCUGGCAUUUUUGCACCUUGAGCUGUUUUCUCUGCACUUAACUUUUGCCUUUAUAUGGGCACCUUACAUUUUGGAAAGAUAGGAAUAUACAUUUUAGGUAUCAAAAGUGGUCCAUAUUCUAAACUGCUACUUUUUUUUCUAAUCAUAUGAGCUGUAAGUUGGAGUAGAUACUAUGCUUUAUGAUCCACUUUAGGUUAAUGGCCAGGAAAAGAAAAUCACUUUAAGUAUGACAAAAUCUUAAUAGGUUUAGUGCAGACUACAUUAUUGCAACACAAAACUAUCCGAACUGUCUGAAAUAUGAUGGAAUGUUGACAUUAUAUGAUCAUUUAAUGGAGAGUGCACACAAUAAGAUCGUCUGUGUGCCACAUCUGGAUGUAGACAGAAUAUGCAAAAUGUUACUUUAAGAUGUUAAUUAAUUCUGAUAUUUCUUAUAGGAAUGAUUUUUUUUUUUUUUUUUCUGACUGUUUGACUGGUCACUAGUUUAUGUUAAUCUUGGGGUAGAACAAAGCCAUACUGUUUAUGCAUGUGACGUUGUAUCGAUUGUGUGCUUCCCACAUAAUUUCCAAGCUAAAGAUCCAAUUUAGAAUCAUGGAGUCCUGAAGCUGAACAGUGCAUGCUCUUUUUUUUCCUUCUGGGGCCUUCUUAAAACUGAAGUUAAUUUAAUUAUUUUAUUCAUACCGAUCUUAUGGAACAUUUAGCAUUCCUACGGUCCAUCAACAGAUCAAUACAAUUUUAUAUAAACAAAGAUUUUUAUUUUAGUGAUCGCCAGGCUGAUGGAUCAAAGACAGAAGGCACUUGAAUGCCAUCUCCUUAUUGUGGACAGGAGCACGCUUAAUCUGCAUCAGUAGAGUGUUCAAUAACAUUUAGUCAGCAGCAUAUGUUAUGUGCCAUCUCUAAGAUUAUAUGGUUUUGGUACCUAGGUGGAACUCUCUUAGCCCUGCAGUUGCCGGGGGAGUAGAACAUUUUUUAAAACCGAUUUUACUGAUCAGAAUAUGCAGCUACUGUUGGUUUUAAUAGUUUGUUUUACACUUGAGGAUUGAUUUUGUAAGAAUCACGAUUCGGUUGAAUUUCGGUCGAUUGGCGAUUCUACCAAAACAAUAAAUUCAAGCUACCAUACAGACUAAUCCCAAAGCAAGCAAAGUGCCCAAUGGCUAAUUGCCUCAGGUUUAGGGUGUAUUUGCCACCAGUGGAAAAAAUGGUUAAAAAUAGCCCGUGUAAGUUACUAUGACCCUCAUGUUGGUACAAGGAAGGUUUUAUGACCUUGUCCAUCCCCCAAGUUAGGCACCAAGGUAGCUAGGAGUCCUAAAGACCCUUGCAAUCUCCCAACAACAACUAAUAAAAUAAUAAAACCUUGUGCUUUCCAGCAGAUGUCGUCUUUUUCAUUAAAUCUUCUUUUCUUCAGCCCCCACAAAAAGCCAAGUAAAUAUUACCAAUGUAAAUAUUAAAAAUAAAAGACCAUUGCUGAAAAAACAAAAGGAUAUGAAACCAUUGCACAUGGCUGUAUCUUGAAAUUUCCCAAGGAAGAGUGGCUGAACGCCUUUGGGGCAGAGCGUAACAACCCCCAAAAAACUUUAUUUUUUUAUUUUUUAAUGGCCACAAAAUGACAAUCUAUCAAAUAGGAUAAGAAGACCAUGUGUGUUUUCCACUAAAUAUAGAGUUUGGCACAUUGAAUGCAUAUCUUCAUAGUGUGUUUGUAUAUGUAUGUGUAAUAUGUAAUUAUUUUAUAAGCUGCACGUCCAUGUGAAAAUGUGCAUUAAUGCUGUACAUGGCACAAUAGAUUUUCACGUUUGUGUAUGACACAUUAUUUCCAUGAACCCUUUUAAUAUGUGCAUACAUUGACCCGUUUUCUUUUGGUUCUGAGCCUUGACUGUACUAAGUGUAUCCUCAGGAGCACUCCAGAAUGCAUGGCCUUUUGGAAUAUGUGUAUUAUUUAUUUUUGUUGUAUUAAAACAAGUCCCGUAUGAGCGCUGUUCUGAUUCAAAUUGAAACGGCAUUAGGUUUUCCACGAGCAGCUUGGUAGUUGCAGCAGAAAGUAAUGGUGUGCUUUUUAAAACUGCGUUAUCACCACAUUUCUUUGUUCAAUCUUGAAUGUGUAAAUAAAGUCAGCAUGGUGUCCCCAGCUCUGCCAGAUCUUCUCUCUCACUCUUUCAUUGUAGCAGGAGCAGGCUUGUCCGGGUAGUUCAGGCUUCUAGCAUAUUUGCAGAAUGUGACAGGUAGAGGUAGUGAGUGGGAAUGGGGGGAGGGGAAGGUUUAUAUAUUGUUGCAAUCUAUUGAUCUGUCUACCUUUAUACCUCUGGAGCUGUCUCUAGGGUGUGUUGUCAUAUAUACAUGUAUAAGCUACAUGUAUGUAGAUCUGUAUAUGUGAUGCAAGCUUGUACCAAACAAAGGGGAUUAUGUAUGGAGAUCAGCCAAAGUAAUGCAAAUAGAUUAUAGAAACUAGAUGUAACUAGAAAGAAAUAAAUUUAAGCUAUAGUGAAUUGUUCAUGUAUGGCAUGUGUAUUCUGACCUACCCAUUUUUAUUUUUAUUUUUAAAUACCCCUUUUUUUGUGGUUUUCUUAUGAAUCGUCUGCCUCAGAAUCAUAAUGUUAAAGGAUCACUAUAGGGUCAGGAACACAAACAUGUUUUCCUGACCCUAUAGUGUUAACACCACCAUCAAGCCCCCCCCGGUCCCCUCAUGCCUCCAUAAAUAUAGCAACAUCUUACUGUAUUCAAGCCAGACGCUGUAACUCUGCAUGCUGUUCGCCUCAAAUAAAAAUAAGCAGUGUGCUGACCUAAUCAGAAGUGGUAGCCUGAUCCAAUCACAGUGCUUCCCCAUAGGAUUGGCUGAGACUGACAAAGAGACAGAUCAGGGGCAGAGCCAGCAUGAUUCAAACACAGCCCUGGCCAAUCAGCAUCUCCUCAUAGAGAUGAAUUGAAUCAAUGAAUCUCUAAGAGGGAGUGUCUGCCUGCAGAGGGAGGGGAUACUGAAUGUUUGGAUGCAUUUUAGGCAGCCAUUACCCAGGAAGGAUCUCUAACAGCUAUCCGAGGAGUGGCCAGUGAAGUUAUCACUAGGCUGUAAUGUAAACACUGCUUUUUCUCUGAAAAGACAGAGUUUACUGCAAAAAGCCUGAAGGUAAUGACUCUACUCACCAGAACAAAUUCAAUAAGCUGUAGUUGUUGUGGUGACUAUAGUGUCCCUUUAAACAUUGAAAAAGUUAGAAAAGUAUACAUUCAGGUUCCUACUUACAGCAACUUUUAUUCUGUAACAUAUGGUUAAUGUAUAGUGCAAUGUUAGCUAACCUUGGCAACCACAAACAGCGGAACAAUAUAUUACGUGCUGCUCUACCAACCUAAUGGCGGGGAAGUGUAGCUCUUUAUCUACAGAUCGAAGCUAGCCAACAUUUCCGUAAUGCCAUCUUUGUACUGAACAUUCAGUAGGAACACAGAGUUUCUAAAGCAAAUUUGUAAAUUUAAUUUGAGUUAACAUUUUUUGUUUUGCUUUAGGAAUCUGAGAAAAAGAGCAUCAGAGACCGAAUUCAGAUGGUGCAAGACAUUGUUAUAACGGUUCAGAAUGUUUUGGAAGAAAUUGCAUGUUUUGGCGAAAGGAUUAAAAAGUAAGUUUGCAUUCUAUUUAUCCAGUUCUAUAGGUAGCUAAGGAGAACAAAAUAAAAUCACAAUUGCCUACACAUUUUUUUUCAUGAGCUACAAGGAGCAGAAUAAGUUCUGUGGAGUGUCCAUCACUGAGUUUUAGUUCACCUGUGCUAUUUACAAAUCUUUCAAUAAUCCCAGGAAUGCAUAAAUAUUAUGUUUUAUGCCAAUCCUUGGUGUUCACAUGUUGCAUGGUAAGGGAUCUCGCUCCUCUGUCCCUUGCAUUGACAUAGUGACCGUGUUAAAUCUGACAUGACGUCCACAUGUUCAGUAUGGUACGAGAACAUCCAGUUCCCUCGGAGUCGACCAUUUAGCCUCAGUAUGGCUCUGGGCCGAGGUGCAGGGGUUCGCAUUGCCAAUCGUAUUAUUGGUCCACUUGUUAAACUCAUUAAUAUUUGCUGAAACCACAAAUAAGUAAAAACAUAAACUGUGGCUAAAACCCACAUGAAAACUGUUUUUUGGGGUAUACGGAUUACGUCUCUCUACUUAACAAAAAAUAUACACAAAGUCAAAAAAACUAUAUUUUAACAUAUGCCAUUUUGUCUCCCUCCUGCUUGACAGUUCAAAUACAGAGACAAGCAUGAGUACCUAUCUCAUAUAUUUAAGAUUUACAUUUAAAUCUCCCCAAACUGCCAUGCACAGAAUGAGAGAUCACCAUUUAAUGAUUGUGCAUAUACAUUUUAAGUGGGCAGCAAAAUGACUGGCAUAUACAUUGUUAUCCAUAUUCUUCAACUCUGGGGACAUUGGAGUCACUUUGCCACACCUCAGCAUCUUCAUAAUCUGUCCCGGGGACUAUGUGUGUGCAAACAGGUGGUGUCUGAUAAUUUCUAGUGUCAUUCUGUCCACCUGGAUUACAGGUAAGCCUUUCAGACAGACCCUGAUGCUGACAUCAGCAUAAUGGACACAGUUAAGAAUUAAAUGGUAUUCCACUCAGACUCUGCAUAUUAUCUGGGAAAUUAAUGGAAAUCCUCAAUCAAAAUAUGAUGUAUAUUUUUUAAUUCUAUAUUGAUCUACUGGACACAAAAAUUGCUUUGGGUUAAAUAUUGUGAAAGGUUUUCAGAUAUCCGAUCAGAGGUUGUGCGUAUCAUUUGUAUUCCUUUUUUUUUUUUGCUGUAGCCUUGAACGUAUGCAUUUUAAUUGUCAGUGCCUUUUUCUGCAAAAGGUUUUAAAGUCAUUCAAGGAAAAAACAACUAUCCAACCUUUUUAAGCUCCCCAGGAGCCUGACUAAACUCUCUCCUGAUUACACUCCACUGCUUCUCCUGUGCAGCAUGAAACUUGGGCAAGCAGUUAUUUUGAGUAAAGCGUUGUACCAUAGGGCUUCAAAUUAGAAUUCCACUGUGUGGCAUCGCGUACAGUACAGAACACUUAAAUGGUUAUGGGAGGUGGACCAGCAACUAGCAGCCACAGGAGCUCCUGAGCACCUGCUGUCAAGGCACAUACAGUAUUGUUUAUAUAUGGAUGUGUGCAUUCAUGUAAGAGCACUGGGCGAAGGAAGUGUUAUGAAGACAUCUAGUAAAUCUAUUGAUUUCUGGGAGGAAAAAAUGGGCUCUGUGAGAGAAAUGCUUUUUUGGCACUCUGAUUUAAACCUUUCCAUAAAAUUUUGAAAGAAUAUUUUUAUUUUUCAAGUAGACACAUUGUUUUUAUUAACCAGAGCAGUAAAUAAAACUCGUCCUGGAGAUGUUUGCACUGUCCAGCCAUUUGUACUGUCUAGCUCUGCCACAUUCAGGGGUUCAUUGACAAGGUUGUAAUAUCCUGCUUUUUCAGCUCGUUACACGGUGGCAACAUAUUUUAUCAUGUCAGAUGUUUUUUGUCCCUUAUAUCACAGUAUUUAUUAAGGCAAUAGUGAACUGUUAUUUUUGACUCAUUUACAUUAUUUCUAGGGUUUUCUAUGUGGCAAUUUCAAUAGCAAUACUAUAGCUCCUUAUUUUGAGAGAGGAAAAAAAAUACUGAUGCUAUCUUUUCUGACAAACUUUCAUGCUGUUGCCAUCCACAGUGUAUCAUUUGAGGUCAAUACAGAACCCAGCUGUGAUAGAUGUAUAAUACGGGAUUUCUUAGUCUAGAACAUUGUGCACUGACCUGGUCUCCUCAGGGACUGGGGUUAGUUACGGAAACAAUUUUGUCAGAAUGCGAUCUGAAGUACACUAGUAGCCUUCAAGAAAGAAUUGCAAAGAACAAGAAUUUGGGGGCUUAAUAAUAUUUUAACAAUAUAAAUAUAAACUGCAUGACAAGAUGUAGACCUUGGCGUGAAAAAAAUGCACUUCUGGUAAAGGUGUUAAUACAUUCCUCUUCAUUUCUCAGUCUGGUUAAAGAGGGAAUUUUGAUGUAAUGGGUCAGAAUAAGCUAGAAGUGGGAGCUGGUGAAAUGUUAUAGAAUGGCUAAUAUUCUGGAUAACAUGUUUUGGAUGAGUAUGCGGGGAAAGCAAUGGAGAACAUACUUGUUGAAUAAAUUGCUGAAUUGGAAUUAAGUGUAGGGAGUGCAAGGAAAGAUUGCAGUUGAAUUCAAAUAGUAUAAAGCACAGCAGUGUUAAGCAAGGUAUAUAUGUGUUAUAUGGGGGUAUGUGUAUAUAUAUAUAUUUUUUUUUUUUCAUUUACCCGUCCCCUCCUAAUUCCACCGUAUGUGAUUUCUCUUGUAAAGAGUAAAAAAUUCAGGGGCAAAGAUAAUGUACAUUUAAAAUGUGAGAUAAAAUGGUGCUUUGUGUGUUGUGGUUAUUGCCCCUAAUGGAGCUGCUUAAAUAAAUGACUUUUCAAUUUAUUUUUUAAUCUGUUUAAAUAUAUAUAUUUUUUAUUUUUUUCCACAGCACUUUUAACUGGAGUGUCCCUUUCUUAUCAUUUCUUGCGUGCUCUGUACUCCUGGUCGCAACAAUUGUUUUGUAUAUUAUACCCAUCAGGUAUAUCAUCCUAUUAUGGGGUAAGUUGGCCUUUAUAAUGCUUUUUGUUUUUAUGUAAAACCAAAAAGAAAAUAUGCAUGUUCCCCCAAAUACACCCAGUAUGAUGUGUAACGUUUCAUUCUUUCACAGGAGAGCUAGUCACAAUGCCCUGACCUUUCUGGAAAUGUUUCAGAUACACAAUACAGGAGACUGGAUGCUCUAAAAUCUGUACUCCAAAUCUAGAAGGCAUGGUUUAUAAUGGGUUUUUGUUUUCUUAAGAAUGCCUCUCAAAUAAGUCCCACUGUAAUAGAAAAUCUGUUAAUACAUAUGGUGGCAUUACAUUGUAACAAGGCUGGAAUAAACCAUUACAAAAGAUGGAAAUGUAUGCAGAGUAAUAUGGGUGGUUUUACAUGUAUAUCUAAUCCGUUUCUAACUUUAAAGGAACACUACGUUUUUUUUUUCCCCUUCUUCAUUGGGGGUAUAUAUAAAAAUCACUUGCAAAACCUGCUGAUCUUUUUGUCUGAGUCCUUUGCAAGCCAUCCUCUUCUAACCUCGCCCAGACUUUCUGUGGCUGUCCAAUCACAGACUACUUUCAAUGCAAUGAAAAGUCUUUGCAAAGCUUGAGCCAAACAAUCCGGAAGUAACAGAACCAAUUGACAGCCAGGAAGGUAGAACAAUGUUAAUUUCUACUGAAAUCUGUAAAUUUUUGUAAAAUGGGUGAAAAAAAACAAACUCUUGACACAAAGCACUUCAGCAAGCUAAAAUGGUCUGGAGUGUCCCUUCAAAGUUCAUUGCUGGAGUGUUUCACUGAAGCAGUCUGUAUAAAGCUAUGUUUUUUGUUAUUUUGGGAGGGAGAUUAUUUUUUAUUUUAUUUUUUCCUCUGUGAAAUUGGUGUGUAAAUUUAUUUGCACUUCCAUUCUGCUACAACUCGGUUGAAAUCCACCAAAUCUCACAAACCGCCAACUUGCAAACCGCAUUUUUAAAAUGUUCUCUUUAUUUUUGUAGUGUAUUUUUGUAGCGUAGAAAGUGGUCCAAUUCGCCUGUAAUAUGGCUGCAGCUGUGAGAUCCAUUUGAAAUUAACAGGGAUCUGUUCAGCUCACUUCAGUUAGAUUGGUUAAGUAAAUAAUGUGAAGCACAGAUAAAUAUUUAACGACCAAAUGCGGAAGAAUUAGUUGAAUAGUCAAUUUAGUGAAUAGACUCUCGAACAAUAUAUAUAUUUAAUUAUUUUAUUUUUCUUCCACAGGUAUCAAUAAAUUCACAAAAAAGCUUCGGAAUCCGUACUCAAUUGAUAACAAUGAAUUAAUGGAUUUUCUUUCCAGGGUACCAUCUGAUGUUCAGAAGGCAAGUAUUAAACUUGGCACUAUUCUGUAUUAAGUUUAGCCCUCUCAGAUCCACUACUGCUCACAGUAAAGAAUAAGCAAAGAAUUUCUUCUUGAGACUUAAAGGGAAACACUCCCUCAGAGUAUUGGAGACUCAGAGCAAACCAUGUGUAUUGCUAAAGCUGGGCAAAUGCCAAUAACAGUGUUUAUUUCAAUACCACAGCUGAGGCGUUGACUAUUGAACUAUUUUUUACAUGAUGGUAUAUGAGUGUAUCCUGUUACAGAUCUUACCCAAAACUGGCAAAGAUCAUCAAUGAAAAUAUACUGUCUCAAUAGUUGUGGUUAUUGCUGAUAGUUGCUCUCAUAUAUCCGCGCAGACCCAAUUUUAUAUCCAUUAUACCCCCCAGAAAAUAUGUUUAGUGUAAUCUCCUAAUCUCUGCUCAUACCCAGGGCCGUGAGUCCCCAUGAGGUGGGCAGCGAGGGAGCAUACCCACCUGAGCUCUUCCUGCUCAGCUCCCUCACGCGCCGCUUUAUGGAGCCGGAAUAUGACGUCAGACCGGCUCCCAGCAUCACUAAGCGGUGCACAAGGGAACUGUGCAGGAAAAUCAGAGCUCCCUCGCCGCCUACACAGUCUGUAUGCCCCUUGCCUGCCCGACCAGCAGCCCCACUGGACUUCAGGUAAGCAAUCCACUCCAGCUCUCCCAGGGAGGCUGGGUGGAUUUAAAAUAAAAUGUAAAAGAUAAUUUGUGAGUGUUGGGAGAAAUGUGUGUGUCUGUCAAACAGGAAGGGGUGGGGGGGGGUGUGCCCGAGCACCGUCCUGCCUAGGGCGGCACAAAUCCUAAAUACACCACUGCUCAUACCUGACGUCUGAAAGACUUUAAGGAACCUCAUGUCUCUCGUGCAUAUUCUGCACAGUGAAUAGUUACAAAUGUUACAGCAGUGGAACCCAGAAAGCAUUCAGAGUUGGCUCAUGAUGUGGAUGGUGGUAGGGGAGUUUUAUGAUCUUAUGUGGUUUUAUGAUCGCAAUGUAAAAUCUAAUAUUGAAAUUUCUCCUCAGAUGUUAAACUUUAUUCUGUUUCAAGUAAGAAUUUGUCCUCAAUGGGUUCUUGGAACAUGAUAGGACUGGACCUUGACCUUGAAUGUAAUGACAGUUUGUCACGAUUGUCAUGUCUGAGAAAGCCCUUAGAAUUAAGACAUUAGGAAUUCAUAUUGUUUACCGAAUAUAUUUUUGUUUUGAUUAUUUUUAAUUAAAUUUGCAAACGAUCCAAAUCUGAAACCAUUUCUUAUGUAUGGUCUGGAACUUUGCUGGAAAUCUGUUUGUAAAGAGAGCAUUGGAAAGCACUGUUUAUAUAGCCUUGUGAGCUGUUGUUAUGGGAUAUCUGCACUAGCCAAGGCUGAACGAGACCUUCUGUAACCUGUCAAAUGCUGAAUGCAUUUUAGACAAGAUUGCACGUUGCAUUAAAUCAUAAUUUAUCAUCACAGGGCAUGUUAUUUCAACAGUUUUUAUGCUGUUCACAAUAAAAUUCCAGCUCCCAUUUUAAAGGACAUAUAUUAUGAAAAUGUUGCUACUUCUUUAAAUAGAACAUAAACUUUGAUAUUCGAAGGAUCUAAAUAUAAUAUUAUAUUUGUUUAUUAAAAAUAUACAUAGAACUGUCUUCCAGCAAUGAAUAAGUUAAUGAAAUAAUACUCCCACCAUUUAGCUUUAUAUCCGCCUAUUGGGAAAUUGCUAUUUAUAGGGAUUUACUUAAAUUGUUAAGGGGGGAUAAUUAUAUUCUCUGGGGUGUUUUUAAUUCACUUGUUCAGAACGCGGUAAUAGCCUUAAGUCCGUCUAAAGACACCUACAUGACACUGCUAGAAUCAACUAGGAACCCUUACGACUCAUUAAAAGAGAUAUGCGUUUAAUAUUUGUACACCGCAAAAUAAUGCAAGUCUUCUGAAAUCUGACUUGCAAUUAAUUCCUUAUGUUCUUGUGUUUAGAAAAUGAUUCAUUGCCCUGAAACUUCUUCGGUUUUCGUGCGCUUGUCCUUAGGGAACCAUUAACUCAAUCCGAAGAAAUCUAGUCACUUAAUAGUAAAUGGUAUGUCUGUUCAUUUAUACAGGUGCAGUACGUUGAACUGAAACCAUACAGCAACCAAGGUGUUCUAAGGAAGAAGCGGAGUGGGCUGUAA